AUACUCAAAAAAUCAAUUCAACCCGCCUUUCUGUAAGGCUCUCAGUAACCUCAGAACAUCUUGCCCUCUUCCUCUCUGAGACUGAGGGAGAGAGAGAGUUAUUGUGCUAAAGGAAUCAAGCUCAUCAAUACUAGAUACUUCACCUAACAGAUUAAAGAACAGAAAUUAAUUGGCUUUAACUUCUGCUGUAUGACUAAGAAGACAUCACUAUGAGUAAAUCAAAGGACAGCAGCCCCACAUUCUUCCUGGAGACGGAUGACCUGACAGAGGAGGAAAGGUCAAAGGCCAAACAGGUGAAGAAAGGCGCCUCAAAGGACAAGAGGCCCAUGGAUUCUGAUUACCUGGAGGAGACAGAUGAGCCUGCACACACAAUUAAAUUUAACCUACACUUUGAAAGGGGAAUCAGAAAUUUGAAAGAGGAACCAGCUCAGCAGGACAGAGAGAGGUUCACCCUCAAGAGGGCUGUUUGAUUGCCCGUGUCCAGUGGCGAUGUGUCUAAACUGCAGGGUUUACAUGAGUACCUACGCAAAAGCAUGAAACGGCUCACCGACCCUCAAUAUAAGUCCAAUGGGAAGACAGCCCUGCUGAAAGCACUUUUAAAUUUGAAGGAAGGCGAGAAUGACACUAUUGAACAUCUGCUGGAAAUUGCAGAGAAAAUUGGAGAUUUAAACAGUUUUGUCAAUGCUGCCUACACAGACACUUACUACAAAGGUCAGACAGCACUCCAUGUUGCAAUUGAAAGGAGGAGUGCAAAAUUUGUACAGAUGCUGGUUCAAAAAGGGGCUGAUGUCCAUGCUAAGGCCUGUGGGAAAUUCUUUCAGCCCAAUCAAGAAACAUGCUUCUAUUUUGGUGAGCUGCCCCUGUCUCUGGCCGCUUGCACUAAUCAGCCUGACAUUGUUGACUUCCUUAUGGACAAUCCAUACCAGACAGUGGAUGUCAGGGAGAGGGACUGUCAUGGAAACACUGUGCUUCACGCACUAGUAUCCAUAGCUGAUAACAGUCCUGAAAACACAGAGUUCGUCAUUGCCAUGUAUGACCACAUCUUAUUCAAAGCCUACCAACUUCACCACGAGAUCAAGCUGGAGGAAAUCGAAAAUAACAAAGGACUCACCCCACUCACACUAGCUGCCAAAACAGGAAAAGCUGUGCUGUUAAAGCACAUCGUGCAGCGGGAGUUUAAGGGAUGCAAACAUCUGUCACGGAAGAUCACGGAGUGGGCCUACGGUCCAGUGUGCUCGUCUCUGUAUGACCUCGCCUCUCUCGACACCUAUGAGAAGAACUCCGCCCUGGAGAUAAUCGUUUAUGGCAGUGAGAUUCCUAAUCGCCUGGAGAUGCUAAAUAUUGAGCCAUUUAACCGACUAAUUGAAGAGAAGUGGGAGAGAUUUGCGAAACCGAUGUUCUUGUUCAACUUUAUCAUUUAUGUUAUCUACCUUUUCAUCCUCACUGCUGUAGCUUAUCACCGCAAAGAAGGGAAGGACUUGAGCAACAACCAACCACUAAAGCCUCCACAUCCUUAUAGAAAAGAUAGCAAAGGUUACCUGCUUCUGACAGGACACAUCAUAACUACCACUGGAGCACUUUAUUUUUUUAUUAGAGGGUUAAUAGAUAUGUUAAGAAAGCGUCCAAGAUUUCAGUCCCUGAUCAUAGAUGGAUACACAGAUCAGCUUUUUUUUCUGCAGGCCGUGCUCUUCCUGGCGUGUGCACUAUUGUACAUCUUUGGUCAGGAUGAAUAUGUGGCCUGUCUAGUUCUGUGUCUUGCCUUGAGCUGGGUGAAUCUACUCUACUUCUCCAGGGGGUCCAAAAAUAUGGGAAUCUACAGUGUCAUGAUACAAAAUAUGGUUCUUGGAGAAAUUCGCCGAUUCCUUGUCGUGUACAUGGUCUUCCUCAUUGGGUUCUCUGCAGCCGUGGUAACUCUCCUUGAUGAGGGAUCUAGCAGUGCACAAUCUAGUUCUGAAGGAGACUGUACGAAGCCCUCAUUCAAGAGCAUCUACUACACCACUCUGGAGUUGUUCAAGUUUACGAUUGGCAUGGGAGAUCUGGAGUUCACCGAUCAGUAUCAGUAUAUAGAGGUCUUCUAUGUGCUGCUAAUUAUUUAUAUAGUGAUGACAUACAUUUUGAUGCUGAACAUGUUGAUCGCUCUGAUGAAUUCAAGAGUGGAGGAGAUAUCUGAAGAGAGCACCAGCAUCUGGAAACUACAGCGUGCAAUCACCACCUUGGACAUGGAGUGGAUUCUUCCCCACUGUCUGAAGACAAGGCUGCGCUUUGGGGAAGAGAAGGAUCUAGGCGAUGAGCAAGAGCCUGAUCGACGCUGGUGCUUCAGUGUGGAGGAAGUCAACUGGAACCAGUGGAACAGAAACCUGGGUGUAGUUACUGAGGAUCCUGGGAAAUGCAUGCCUGUACCUUCCUCAACUAAACCUCAGAGAGAGCCGAGCCGGCGUGGACUUCUGCAAACGUUCAGUAAACGCUGGACACAGAGAGCACAACGCAAAUAUGUACAGGAGCUGAGUCCUCUAGCUGAGGCCUCUAGCUCCGUAUAAUGAUGCCUUUAUAAUCUGUAAUCUGUUGCAAUGUAUUUUGCAAUUCCCUUUCAAUCCAACUGGUGUAGGAAAAAUGACAUAUGACUGGUUAAAACUGCAUUUAAAAAAA